GAAGUGACUCUCACUUCUUUAUUUGCAUCUGUAGUCGUCCCGUUAUUCGCGUUCAUUAUCCCAUCAAUAGCAAAAAUAAUUUCGUUUUCUUCAAGAGGGUGAAUAAUCGUUUCGGAGUAAUGUGGCAUUGCUUGUUAAAUUAUAGACAUGCCAUGAACGUAUAAAUUGAGAUAAGGUUUCUAGGCGGUGGGCGAAUUUUUUCACCAUUUUUAUAAACCAUCGGGAGGAUUUUGUCCGUGUUGUCUAACGUCAGUAUGUCAGGAAAGCAUUUCAACGUCCACGAAGUGGGCUGUUGCAUCAAAUACUUCAUUUUCGGAUUUAAUAUUAUAUUUUGGCUUCUUGGGGUAGCGUUCCUGUCUGUGGCUCUGUGGGCUUGGAGUGAAAAGGGAGUUCUCUCCAACAUAUCCUCCAUCACAGAUUUGGGUGGGUUUGACCCAGUAUGGCUGUUUCUGGUGGUGGGAGGAGUGAUGUUUGUGCUGGGCUUUGCUGGAUGCAUCGGAGCGCUGAGGGAAAACUCCUUCCUUCUUAAGUUUUUUUCCGUGUUUCUCGGAAUCAUAUUUUUCCUGGAGCUGACGGCGGGAGUUUUGGCGUUCGUCUUUAAAGACUGGAUCAAGGACCAGCUCAAGUUCUUCAUUAACAACAAUAUCAGGGCCUACAGAGAUGACAUCGACUUGCAGAACCUCAUCGACUUCACCCAAGAUUAUUGGGAUUGCUGUGGGGCAUUCGGACCUGAAGACUGGAAUCUGAACAUCUACUUUAAUUGUACGGACACUAAUCUGAGCAGAGAGAAAUGUGGAGUUCCCUUUUCAUGUUGCACCAAGGACCCUGCUGAGGACGUGAUCAACACGCAGUGCGGAUAUGACAUUCGAGAUAAAAAAUCAGAGACUGACCAGAAUACGUUUAUACACACAAAAGGAUGUGUGCCUCAGUUUGAAAAAUGGCUACAGGAGAAUCUUACCGUAGUUGCUGGAAUAUUCAUAGGAAUCGCACUUCUCCAGAUAUUUGGGAUCUGUCUGGCUCAAAAUCUGCUGAGUGACAUUGAAGCGGUCAGAGAGAGUUGUUUGUUCACCUGACACAGCUGAGCCAGCAUCAAUCUUUCAGUCACUCGGCAACAGAGUCGAAACAUUGUCAUCGCGGUAUCCUAGCAACCACUGAAGGAUUUCAUUCACAUACCUCUUGUGUACAGCGACAUCUAAUUGUUUUGAUAAUGGUGCCCAAGGGUACAGUUGUUUUCUAGAAUUGCUUUUUCCAAGUAUUUCACACACGAAAAUCGAAUCACAUUAACGUACUGAGAUAAAACACAGCAUAUUGCUUUUUAGCUACAUCAUAAAGAAGAACACAGUCUGCGCUAUUUUGUAAUUGUUAAUCUGUGAACACACACAUCAGCAUCAUGUUUUUAAAGCAGGAAAAUGUUUAAAAACGCAAACCUUGCAUUCAGUUCUUUCCAGCACGGUUAGUUCGAAAGCAAGAACAUGUCAUGUGCUUGUGACCCCCUAAUGCAUUUCUGCAUAACUACAGUUGAUCAGAUAAGGACAUAAUGCAUUGGUUUUGUCAGUCAUGAUUUGUUUUAUUGUUUAUAGGCUAAUACGGAAACUUUCACCCAAUAUUUAUAAGUUAUUGGAAGGCCCAAACUGAAUCUGUGCACUUUUUUGUGGAAAUAUUGUAUAAUUCUGUGAACUGAAUUUAAACAUGUUAGUUAGUGUGUUAAACAGAGUAUUACACUUUCAUAACUGAUGGCAGUAUCAAAUUUGGUAUAAUAUUUUUCAUUUAGUGUAGGUGUAGAUUUUAGGAAACACAGUAGUGUCCUGUUUAAAUUUUUUUUUAAGAGUUAGAGUAUUUGGCUUUCAUCGUAACAUGAAUGUACAUAAAUAAUAUGUGUUUUUUUUCACGUUGUCAUACUUUGUGUGUAUAUUAACUGUUAAACGGAUUUUAUAAAAACACAGUUGAUUUCGAAACUUAGAAAAAAUGCACUGCAUGCUAAUUAAAAAAUAACACUACUUUUUUCAACAUGUUCGGCUGUAUAAAAAUAUUUUUGUGAAUUAUUAUUAUUAUUAUUAUUAUGUUUAACGUACAGUACUGUACUAGGUUUCAAAAUUAUAGCCACUGUGUAAGUGUGUCACUUGAAUGUUUUUAAAAAGUUAGUACUGAGAUUAUGCCAGAUUAAAUGCUUUGAUUCAAAUAGUCUCAUUCUGUAAUAAAAAAAUAACAAAUUGGGUAUUGAAAUGGAUUUAAGAACAUACAUUUCACCCCAAACUAUAGGGCCUGGUUUCAAAGACAAGGCUUCUUUUAAAGGGACACUCCACUUUUUUGUUAAAUAUGCUGUUUUCCAGCUCUCCUAGAGUUAAACAUUUGAUUUUUACCGUUUAGCACUUUAACAUAGCUUAGCACAAUCCAUUGAAUUUGAUUAGACAAUUAACAUCACUUUAAAAAAAUAACCAAAGAGUUUCGAUAUUUUCCUAUUUAAAACUUGACUCUUCUGUAGUUACAUCGUGUACUAAGACUGACGAAAAAUUAAAAGUUGUGAUUUUCUAGGCAGAUAUGGCUAGGAACUAUACUCCCAAACUGGCGUAUUAAUCAAGAAGUUGCUGUCGUAACAUUGCUGCGGCAGGCACAAUGAUAUUACGCAGUGCCCGAAAAUAGUCCCCUUGGUUACUUUUAAUAGCAGGGGACUAUUUUCGGGCAGUGCGUAAUAUCACUACGCCUGCUGCCGCCAUGUUACAUCAGCAAAGUCGUUGAUUAUUACGCCAUAAUGAGAAUAUUGUCCUAGCCAUAUCGGCCUAGAAAAUCGCAACUUUUAAUUUUCUGUCGGUCUUAGUACAGAAAACGAUGUAACUACAGAAGAGUCAAAACUCGUUGGUUAUUUUUUGCGCGAUGCUAAUGGUCUAAUUGGAUUCAAUGGAUUAUGCUAAACUAUGCUAAAAGUGAUAGUGCCAGACACGUAGAUCAACUGAAUGGAUUCCAAAACGGUAAUAAUGAAAUGUUUUGGGGAGCUGGAAAAUAAGCAUAUUUUCAAAAAAAGUGGAAUGUCCCUUUAAGCAAGGACUAUGCCUUAGUUAAAUAAGGCUAUGGAGGGGUGAGUUGUGGCCAGAGCUGUUGGUUGCAAUUCACAAACUCACCCCUAGAUGCCACUAAAAGUCCCACAUUGCACCUUAAGCCUUGUCUGUGAAGCCUGGCAUAUAUUUUGCAUGAAGAAAUUGGAGACAAUUUGUUAUGACACGCCUACCACCCGUUUUACUGUUUGAGCCAGUUUACUAUAUACAAAAUAGUUAUUAUAGUAAAGAUAUUCAGGGUGAAAUAUGACCCACACAUGCACUUAAUUUAUCCAAAUUUAUUUCAGAAAUCAAGAUGGGAUUUGAAGAAUGUUAUGCUUUGAAAACGAAUCUUUGCCACCUGUCAGUGGUUUUGUGACUUUUGUAAAAAAAAAAAAAAAACAGGGUUUGUUAGAUUAUCUGAUGAAUCCAUGUGGUUGUGAUAAUGCCUUUUAUACAGUACAUAACACUUUCCACAUGUGUGUAACCUUCUUUGAUUAAAAUGUAUUUGUUUUCAGUGGAUUUCGAAGACAGUGUGGAGUGGUGCCCAGAAACCUUACAAAAGAAUGGAGAACAGGGAAAGUUUAGUAAUUCAGAUAUCUAAAUCAAUCCUUUUUUUGACUUGAUCCAAUGGUCUGAAAUGGAUCUCUAAUGAGCAUGGGCUAACAUUUUGGUAUAGGCUUUUGAUUGGUGUCCAAUACAACAUGAAAAUGGCCUGUUUUUUUUUCAUAAAAACUACAUGUGUCAUAGUAUGUUGUAAAAUUAAAUUUUUAAAAUUAAAAACUGGAAACUGUU